AUAACUUGAUCCGCGGCCGCAGGUGCGAAUCACGUGUCGCAAAUGGGCCUUCCUCUAUAAAUGCAGCGGCUUCCCCUCGCCUUUCGGUAACCGAAAACAACCAUAUCAUCGAAGAAACCCUAGCGAGAAUAUUGUUUGCUUGUUCAUGGCUUCCAAGAGGAUACUGAAGGAGUUGAAGGACUUAGAGAAGGAUCCGCCCGUGUCCUGCAGUGCAGGACCUGUUGGCGAUGACAUGUUCCACUGGCAAGCAACGAUUAUGGGACCUGUUGAUAGCCCCUUCGCAGGUGGUGUGUUUUUAGUGAAUAUUCACUUUCCACCUGACUACCCAUUCAAGCCACCUAAGGUCUCUUUUCGCACCAAAGUUUAUCAUCCAAAUAUUAACAGCAAUGGUAGCAUCUGCCUUGACAUCCUCAAGGAUCAGUGGAGCCCUGCUUUGACAUUAUCUAAGGUGUUACUGUCGAUAUGCUCACUUCUAACAGACCCCAACCCCGAUGAUCCUCUUGUUCCUGAGAUUGCCCACAUUUACAAGACUGAUAGAGCCAAGUAUGAAUUGACCGCAAGAUCAUGGACCCAGAAAUAUGCCAUGGGUUAGUGGCAGUGAUGCUUUUCCAUCUUAGUAAAUAAUAAUCUCAAUAACCUUGUCUCCUGGCUAAAGACUAUACUCAUAUUCCCACUCUCCAAGGAUCCUUGAUGUCACUUGUUAUUUCCAUAUGUACUUGUGUUGGUAAGUUCGGUUAAUUGCAUAUAAUAACUUUGCAUCUUAAAGCAAA